AUGGCAGCUAGCUUAUUCUGCUGGUUCCUUUUCUUCACAUUUGCAAAAAAUCUGCAAGGCCAGGUCCGGCAGUCCUGUUGGCCAUCCUGUGACUGUGUCACUGACAUCAAGUUCCUGAACUGCUCCUAUAGGGGGCUCACUUACGUGGCUGGGGACUUCCCCCCAGAUACCAAGCACUUGGAUUUGUCUGGGAACUUUCUAACAGCGCUCCACAAGGGGGGUUUCAGAUUGCUGUGGAACCUACAGGUCCUCCUCUUAAGUGACAACAACAUCAGCAGCAUUUCAGAAGGUGCGUUCUCUCCCCUGGAGAGUCUCUGGAAGUUGGACCUGAGCCAGAACCGGAUCUCCUACCUGAGCAAGAGCUUCUCCCUAGGCCUAGACUCUCUGAGGGAGCUUCUGCUGGGGGAGAACCAGCUGACCUUCCUGGACGAUGGGAGCUUCCUGCACCUGGACAGCUUGCGGAGGCUAGACCUGAGCGGCAAUGCCAUCCGGUCCGUCCAGACGAGGGCCUUCAUCUGCACGACCACGCUUCGCGAGCUCGACCUGCAGAACAACCGGUUGGGCUACCUCCCCAACGGCAUCUUCUCCAGCCUCCGGUCCCUGGAGGUGCUCAACCUGAGUGGGAACCGCAUCCACAGCAUAGAGGUGGGGGUCCUUACUCCCCUCAUCAGCCUGGCCUUAUUGGACCUCUCUCAAAACAACCUGCGCACCAUCCUCUUUAAGACAUUCCUCAGCCUCCGUACCCAUGGCACCCAUCUCCUCCUGGGGCGCAACCCUUGGCACUGCGACUGCGACCUGCAGAGGGUCUUCAGGAAGCUGCGCAGGGUGCGCAGGCUCUUCCUGGACGACUACCGUAACCUCAGCUGCGUGGAGCCGGCAGAGCUGCGGGGACACCUGCUGAGCCGGGCGGACGCCGAGCUGUGCGUUGCCGAGACGGUCACCGUGCUCGUCAUUACCGUCACCGUGGUGAUCACCGUGCUAGCCGCCAUCGUCAUGGCCGAGACAAGCAAGAGGAAUCCAAUAGCGAAGCAAGGCUCAGAGGAGAACACUGGGUUGGAGGACUACACUGAAAACUAACACCAAGGAGUGGUGUGAUUUCUGUUCACUUAUUCAGAUAUUUCAUAUAAUAUUACUGUCACAUUUGACCCAUUAAAGUGAGUUUUUAUGUAUAAAGGGAAAGCCAAAUGGCUGGUUUCACAUUUUACAUGUGGUUGUAUUAUGUAUGGUAAAGGGUACUUUUUAUAUACCUCUCAUCAAUAUUUCAGUUCACUUCAUUAAUUCAUUUUUGUUUGUUUUGUUUUGUAAAUGGAGACUGCACUGAUACUGCAUUCAUUCUGUGUACUUGGAGAGAAAGGUUAGUUCAUUUAUUUAAAUUGGCAGCUUUGCAUGUGAAUAGUAGCUACAUAGAUAGCUGAAUACCCCACAAGAGUAAGUUAACUAACUUACAAUGAUCAUGCCACACCCAUCUCCAUUUUUAUUGACA